AUGGCCGCUACGGCUUUGUUGCCAUUGGCACUGGCCCAGACUGAGAGCAAUGAGACGGUCUUGGGCGUGUACAUGUUCCACCGUCACGGAGAUCGCACGGCCAAGUCGACUCCUCCAGCCAACCUCACCGAUCUUGGGUACGCUGAAGUGUACACCUCCGGCCAAUACUACCGCAACCGAUACAUCUCCUCAGAUGCGACGUUCAAGAUCAAUGGCAUCAACUCUGACCUCGUCAAGCAAAGCCAGAUCGCCAUCUCUGCUCCCGCUGAUACCGUUCUGCAAAACUCGGCCAUGGGUUUCCUUCAAGGUCUCUACCCACCUGUGGGGAAUGUCAUGGGCACUCAGACUCUGCGCAACGGUACCAAUGUGACUUCGCCGUUGAACGGAUACCAAUUGAUUCCGAUUUCGCUUGUGAGCAGCGGAGCUGGCAGCGAGGACGCCGGCUGGCUGCAGAGCACGAGCAACUGUGCGAAGGCGACGAUCAGUUCGAACAAUUACUUCAACAGCGAGUCGUACAUGAACUACUUGAACAGCACCCAGGACUUCUACAACAACCUUCUGCCGGUGAUCAACGGGACAUUCAAUGCAAGCAUGGACUCGUUCAAGAACGCUUAUACCAUUUUCGAUCUCGUCAACGUAGCCCUGAUCCACAACGCCACGAUCAACAGCUCCGACCUUCUCACGGACGAGAACUUCUUCCAACUGCGAACCCUCGCAGACGCCCACGAAUGGGGUCUCGCAUACAAUGCCUCCGAUGACAUGCGUGCCAUUUCGGGCAAGACCCUUGGCGGCCAAAUUCUCGAAUUCCUCAACACCACCAUCACAGGCAAAGGCAAGCAAAAGAUCGGCGUCCAGUUCGGCGCCUACGCCUCCUUCGCCUCGUUCUUCGGUCUCGCAGACCUGCCCAGCGUCAACCCAGACUUCAUGGGUGUCGCCGAUUACGCCUCCGCCAUGACCUUCGAGUUGUUCACCAACACCAGCGCUGCGAUCUCGAGCACUAGCUAUCCUUCCGCGGAUGAGAUUUACGUGCGAUUCCUCUUCCACAAUGGUACGACGAGCAACUCAAGCGAGCCUGUGCUGUACCCACUUUUCGGAAGCGGCAUGGAAGCCAUCAGCUGGAACGACUUUACGACCGGCAUGAACAAGUUCGCCAUCGGCAGUACCGAGAAGUGGUGCACCGAGUGCGGUAACUUCACUGGCACCUGUGCGGCUUAUGCUCCUUCUUCGUCCCCUGCCAGCUCGAGCGACAGCAGCAAUGGUAGCGGCAGUGGAAACGGACUCAGUCCGGCUGUGAACGGCGUCAUUGGCGCUAUGGUCACGCUGGCGGUCAUCUUGGGCUUGGAAGCGAUUAUCCUCCUGAUUGGUGGUUUCAGAGUUGUGAGCAAGAAGAGGCUGCAGAGCCCUGUUUCGUCGUUGUCCGAGAACGUUGGGACGAAAGCCUGA